CUUGCACCAAAUUCAGAAACCAUGGUUUUUUUAAUACUUUACACUGGUCUCUAAGAAUCAUCUACCCAACCUUUCUUUAUAACCCACCUCUCUUCCAAACUCCAUUUCUCCAAACAUUUUCCACUUUCCCAUUCUCUUUACAAGGAAAUUAAAUGGACACUAGAACAAGAAGAAGUCCUUUUUUCUUUGACAAAAACGAUGGUCUUGCCUCUCUAGCUAUAAUAGAAGCUGAGAUUUCAGAGAACAAUCAUCGCAAUCACAAUCCAUUGAUUUCUAGGCCUCUUUAUUAUACUUCUUUACAAAGGAAGAGUAGCCUUAGGAAUCUUUCAUCCAUUUCCUCUUCCUCUUCCUCAAUGUCAUCUCCGAAAUUGGCUGGUGGCAGAAGGUUUUGUGAAACUAGAUUUGAAGAACAACAACCCCAUUUCUUGGAAGCUUGUUUUCUUUGCAAGAAACAACUUGGUAGUAACAAAGACAUCUUCAUGUACAGAGGGGAUACUCCAUUCUGUAGUGAAGAGUGCAGGCAAGAACAGAUAGAAAUGGAUGAAUCCGAGGAGAAAAGAUUGAAUCUUUCAGCUUCUGUAAAGGCCUUGAGAAAAAAUGACCAGAGAAAUUNCCCCCCAAAAAAAAAAAUUCAGGCAUCGCAGAGUCCACUCCUGAGUGUUGAUUCUCCCAGUUUAGGCAGUGAUUCAGAGACUACGAG